UAAUAAUUCUUGUCUGUCGAUAUUGUCGCACUAAAUAUAACGGUAGCCAACAGUGGUAGAUUUGUUCAAGUUAUCACGUGCUCAAGUGAUAUACUACUUUAAACUGUGUGCUGGUGUGCCAAUAACACGUCACCAUUAGUUAUUACCGUAGUUAGUGUUAUUUUGUAUUUAUUUAGAUAAAUACUACAGCAUGACAGCCAUACAGAAUGUUAGUGUUUAACGUUUUGUUAAUUAAUAAUAUUGACCGCUUCAGGAUUCACCACUUUGUUUUAUCACCAAAGCGCAGUACUGAUGCUCUUUUUUUUCUUCAUAAAGAGAUGUCGUGUUUAGGUGGUGAUCCCAACUUCUGCCCAGAAUGUGGGAAUGUUCUUCCUCUUCCCGGAAUACAGGACACGGUCUAUUGCCCUCAAUGUUCCUUCUUCAUCCCUGUAGCAGAGUUUUCAGGUCAAGAGAUCCAAUCUACGGUUAUCUUCAACCUUGUGGAGCAGUCAUCAGUCGCUCUGGAUGAAGAUGAGGACACUGAACUAAAGGGACCUGUGAUUGACAGACGGUGCUCUCAUUGCAAUAAAGAAGGAAUGGUUUACCACACCAGGCAGAUGAGAUCAGCAGAUGAAGGACAAACUGUCUUCUUUUCCUGUAUACACUGCAGGUAUCAAGAGAAGGAGGACUCCUGAGAGAAAUCUGCUUCACCUUCUCCUCUCCUCUCCAUGUCUGCUUGUGUUAGGGGUCAGAUGUUUGGAUGCUUUCUCAAGACAUGGACUAAUUUUAAUGGAUCCUUUACAGCUAUUUUUUCAGUAUGUGGACUUCAGAGUAUAUCAGCGACUGUGCCUUCCUAAUCUCGAAUUAGUUCACUAGUGCACAUACCUCUGUCAACAGCCAUGAGCUACCAACCCCUGAGUCGGCACCAAAUUUGUAUGGUUUCUAUCUUGGUUUGUAUAUGUCUGUUGACAAUCAAACAAAUAAAUAAAUGGACGGGAGGGAAAAUGUAAACUUCUUCGCAGAGGUAAUUAUUAGCAUUCACGGAAGAUUUUCUGUUUUCAUUGAAAAAGUAUUACUCAGUUGUCACUGAUGAUGAAUGCUGUGAGAUACAUUUGAAAAACUAAUUUUAUUUUACUUCAUUUAUAAUGUUUAUCAUAAAAUGUUAUUAAAACUGUAUUAUUGUG